CCAUGUGCAGUGGAGAAACGGGUGUUUAGAUGGGUGGGCUGCGGGCUGGGCCAGACUUUCUCUCCCCAAGUAACGUGACUCUGACCCGGCGAGGGCUGUUUUGAGAACGGGGGACCUGAAGCUGACCGAGAGAGGUUCCCGCAGCAUUCUGCCCCCGAGCUGUCCCUCAUGGAGUCUACGUUCAGCAGCCCAGCGGAGGCGUCGCUGCAGCGGGAGGCGGGCGCCGGAGGGCUGCUCACUCCUCUCGCGGACUUGGACCGAGUGUAUGAACUGGAGCGAGUCGUUGGAUUUGUCCGCGACCUGGGGUGUCAGCGGGUGGCCUUGCAGUUCCCUGAUCAGCUACUGGGAGAUGCUGGAGCCGUGGCUACACGACUGGAAGAGAUCACGGGGUCAAAGAUGUUCAUUUUGGGAGACACGGCGUAUGGCAGCUGCUGUGUGGACGUGCUGGGCGCCGAGCAAGCUGGAGCUCAGGCUCUCGUACAUUUUGGCCCCGCCUGCUUGAGCCCUCCGGCCCGCCCGCUGCCCGUCACCUUCGUCCUUGGUCAACGUUCUGUAGCCUUGGAGCUCUGUGCCAAGGCCUUUGAGGCCCUGAACCCGGACGCCACAGCACCUGUGGUGCUGCUGAGUGAGCCAGCCUGUGCCCAUGCCCUGGAGGCGUUGGCCACUCUCCUGCGCCCAAGGUACCUGGACCUGCUUGUCUCCAGCCCAGCUCUUCCUUUGCCAACUGGCUACCUCAAUUCAGUGCCUGAGCCCCUGGAGCGUUUUGGACGCUGCUUCCCCUUGGCCCCAGGAAGGUGCCUGGAGGAGUAUGGUGCUUUUUAUGUGGGGGGCUCUAAGGACAGCCCUGGCUCUGACCUUGACCCAGACCUGAGUCGCCUGCUCUUGGGCUGGGCACCGGGGCAGCCCUUCUCCUCUUGCUGCCCAGAAACAGGGCAGUGUCAGGAUGAGAGUGCCCGAGCUGGGAGGCUAAGGGCACGCAGACAGUACCUGGUGGAGCGGGCCAGAGAUGCCCAUGUGGUGGGGCUGCUGGUAGGCACAUUGGGUGUGGCCCGAUACCGUGAGGCCCUGACACACUUUCGGAACCUAACUCAAGCUGCUGGCAAGCGUAGCUAUGUGUUGGCCCUGGGGCGGCCCACUCCUGCCAAGCUUGCCAACUUCCCUGAAGUGGAUGUCUUUGUGCUUUUGGCCUGUCCUCUGGGUGCCCUGGCUCCCCAGCCUUCUGGUGGCUUCUUCCGACCUGUGUUGGCACCAUGUGAGCUGGAGGCUGCCUGCAACCCUGCCUGGCCGCCUCCAGGCCUGGCCCCCCACCUCACACAUUAUGCGGACAUGCUGCCUGGCUCUCCUUUCCAUGUGCCCCUCCCACCACCUGACUCAGAGCUGUGGGACACUCCAGAUGUGUCACUUAUUACUGGGGAGCUCCGACCUGCACCUACUUGGAAACCACCAAAUGCUCCUGGGUGCUCAGCCCUGACCCCGCGGCCCCAGCUGGAACUGGCUGAGAGCAGCCCUGCAGCUUUGUUCCUUAGUUCCCGGAGCUGGCAGGGGCUGGAGCCCCGCCUGGGUCAGACGCCGGUCACAGGAGCUGUGAGUGGGAGACGAGGAAUUGCCAUCGCCUAUGAGGAUGAGGGAAACAGCUGAUACCAUAUGGGGCCAGAGACACAGAUGAACUAGUGAAUCACUGCUGAGACUUUUGGUGUUCCCUGCACCAAUUCACCCACUGCCUUGCCAGGAUCCCUGAAGGAGCUUGGGUGGAGGGAGGGCAGGCAACCCCUUCCUGAGGAUAGGACCCAGCUCUGUCCUGUCAUGGCACUGGCACAAGACUCAGCACAUAUUGGCAUAGUAAAUGCCUGUUGAUUGGCUGUUGUGGGGAAAAGCUUAGGAGCUUCCCUGAGGCCUUCUGAGCCUGUCUGUCCUGGGAAUAGACCAGCACCUCUGGCCAAUUCCAGUUCCUGGACUGUAGUUGAGGGUCUGCUCUUGUCAAAGGGCAGGUGCUAGAUGGUCUAGACCAAGGUUUCUCAACCUUGGGCUUGUUGACAUUUUGGGUCGGAUAUUUUUUUGUUGAAAGGGGCUGUCCUGUGCAUUGUAAGAUGUUUAGUAUGAUCCCUGGCCUCUACCAACUAGAUGCCAGUAACCUCUCUUCCUCAGUUGUGACAACCAAAAAUGUCCUCUGUGGGGGCAAAGUUUCUCCCCAGUUGAGAACCACAGGUGUAGGCCUGGGGUCCUGGUGGCACAGUGGUUAAGAGCUCAGCUACUAACCAAAAG